AUGAGUCGGAAAGGGAAAAGCCAUGUUACAUCAGGGAAUGAGAAGGCAGCUACGGAUAACGGGGCGGUGGAUUUGGGUGUAGAAGCCCCCGAAAAAUCCGAUGUCUCGGGGAAUAAAGAAGCAGUAUCACAUAGCAGGCAGUGGAAACGGGAGUAUAUGUCGUUACAAUCGAGAGGAAUGCCAAAUGAAAAUAAUGUCCUCUGUUAUCGCAAUAGCGCCUUUAUAUCGCUGCUGCAUUCCCCCGUGUUCGUGAAUUGGCUACGGGCCCACCGAUGCAUCUCUGGCAAUGAAGCUAAUCCGGAUUGCCUAGCUUUCAGUUGGGAUAUGUAUUCCAAGCUGUACUGGUCGAACACUAUACAGGCGGAUACUCUAAAUUCGCGCAGCUUAGCAGCCGAGCGAGAAGAACACGGAAAUAAGAAAGAGAAAGAGUACUUCGAACAGAUGUUUUGGACCUUGCUGUUACUUACUCGAACAUGCCUGGGCUGUACGGCACCAAAAUGUGACUCGGAGACUCGGACGUCGAACAUACUGUAUGCCAUUCCACCACCAUUAAUGACGCAAACCAGAAGAAUCGAAGAGGGAAUCGCCACAUACCUAGAAAACGAGGCCUUGUUGGAUAGGGUCUGUACAACAUGCCACAUCGCCCUAUCUCCUGCCGACAAAGCCCGUAUUAGGAGGGCACCAGAAAUUCUCUUUGUACAAGUUGAUCGACUCAAGGUAAUAAAUAACAAAUCUAUGAAAGUUUUUACCAACCUGACGUUCGAAGAAGAGCUAGAUCUCACAAGUCAUUAUGAUAACACCGGCGAUAAUACCGGGGAAGGACUUCGAUAUCAGCUCGUUUCAGUUAUAUUCCAUUUGGGUCUGGCUGUUGAAGAAGGCCACUACAUCACCUUUGCGAAACAGCCCAAUGGAGAAUGGUCUAAGAUUGAUGACGAAAAGGUGACAGAAAUCCAAUUCAACGAUAUCGCAGAUGGCUCUCAUGGAUGGAAUGAGACUCCAUAUGUAUUUUUUUACUCCAAGAUAUAUUCAGAGCCACAAGCAUCAGACACUGAGAAAGCCAGUCAACUACACGCCAGCAAAACUUCUCCAGGAGUAACGCAAGAAGGCGAAGAUGACCAUUCAGCACUAGCAUCUCGUUUUUAUGAUUUCUUUUCCCAAACGCCCUCUGAAAAAGCCGGUGUUUUCUACACCUAG